CCGACACAGCCACCACCACUCCACCAUGUACAAGCUCCUGAUCCUGUCUGCGCUGGUGGCCGCCGCGUCCGCCGGCUACCUGGGAGGCUACGCCGCCCCCGCCUACGCCGCCCCCGUGGCCGCCUACGCCGCCCCCGUCGCCGCCGUGGCGCACGCCCCCGUGGCUGUGGCCCACGCCGCCCCCGCUGUGGCCGUUGCGCACGCCCCGGUCGCCUCCUCCGUGGCCAACACGUACAGGAUCUCGCAGACUGCGCGCCUCGCUUACGCCGCCCCCGCCGUGGCUCACGCCCCCGUCGCCUACGCCGCCCCCGCCGUGGCUCACGCCCCCGUGGCCUACGCCGCCCCUGCCUACGGCUACGGCCGCUACGCCGCCGCCGCCCCCGCUCUGGGCUACGGAUACGGAGCCUACGGGUAUGCCGCCCCCGCUCUCGGCUACGGCCACGCCCUCGUCCAUUAAGGCCCACACCGGACUAACUGCUCUUCGUGUGUAACACAAAACCAAAU